UGUCUGGGGCUCGCCGGCCCCGCCAAUCUCUUUGGAACCUUCGGCCGCCGCGUUCGAAGUCGAGAAUCUCGAGCUCCUCCACGUUCCGCACUUGCAGGAUUUGCGGCGCUGCUUUCGCGUAGCUUUUUUGCAACCGCCGGGCAAGAUGAGGGAAAUCGUGCAUAUCCAAGCUGGGCAGUGCGGUAAUCAAAUCGGGGCCAAGUUUUGGGAGGUGAUUAGUGAUGAGCAUGGAAUUGACCCGACUGGAACUUACCAUGGCGACAGUGAUUUGCAGCUGGACCGUAUCAGUGUUUACUACAAUGAGGCCACUGGUGGUAAAUAUGUCCCUCGUGCCAUCUUGGUUGAUUUGGAGCCCGGAACUAUGGACUCUGUGAGGUCAGGGCCUUUUGGCCAGAUCUUUCGACCAGACAAUUUUGUAUUUGGCCAAAGUGGAGCUGGUAAUAACUGGGCCAAAGGUCACUAUACUGAAGGAGCUGAGCUGGUGGAUUCAGUCCUGGAUGUAGUGAGGAAGGAAGCAGAGAGCUGUGAUUGUCUGCAAGGCUUCCAGCUGACCCACUCUCUGGGUGGUGGGACCGGUUCUGGGAUGGGCACCUUACUUAUCAGCAAGAUCCGUGAGGAGUACCCAGACCGUAUCAUGAACACCUUCAGCGUGGUGCCAUCUCCCAAGGUCUCUGACACCGUGGUGGAGUGCCCUACAAACGCCACACCCUCCUUGUGCGCAGUGCUGCACCAGCUAGUGGAUAACACAGAUGAGACUCUACACUGCCAUUGACAUAACGCUGAGCCCUACUAAUGCAUACUUCCUAGCUUCCGCACCCUCAAGCUCACCACUCCCACCUACGGCGACCUGAACCACCUAGUCUCUGCCACCAUGAGCGGCGUAACAACCUGCCUCCGCUUUCCUGGACAGCUCAACGCUGACCUCCGCAAGCUAGCCGUCAACAUGGUCCCCUUCCCCCGUCUCCACUUCUUCAUGCCCGGCUUUGCUCCCUUGACCAGCCGUGGCAGCCAACAGUAUCGAGCCUUGACGGUCCCAGAGUUGACGCAGCAAGUCUUUGAUGCGAAGAACAUGAUGGCAGCCUGCGAUCCCCGCCACGGACGCUACCUCACCGUGGCAGCCGUCUUCCGGGGCCGCAUGUCCAUGAAAGAGGUGGACGAGCAGAUGUUGAACGUGCAGAACAAGAACAGCAGCUACUUCGUAGAGUGGAUCCCCAACAACGUCAAAACAGCCGUGUGUGACAUCCCUCCCCGUGGUCUCAAAAUGGCCGUCACAUUCAUCGGCAACAGCACAGCCAUCCAGGAGCUCUUCAAACGUAUCUCCGAGCAGUUCACCGCCAUGUUCCGCCGUAAGGCCUUCCUCCACUGGUACACAGGUGAGGGCAUGGACGAGAUGGAGUUCACAGAAGCGGAGAGCAACAUGAAUGACCUCGUCUCUGAAUACCAACAGUACCAGGAUGCCACAGCCGAGGAAGAAGAGGACUUCGGUGAAGAGGCAGAAGAAGAAGCUUGAGGUUCAUCUCCCACCAUUAAAAAAAAAUCAAAAGAAAUCCGCACAAAAUAAAAAUUAAAAAAAAAUUGCAUCUCAUGUUCUAUUUCUUUCUCUUCCUCCUCAAGCCUAAUCUGUCGAUUCUUUUCUUGAAGCUUAUCUUUUUCAGGAUGCAGUCUCCAUUU